CAAUACAAUGUGGGCAAACAAUUCACUGUGAAUUCCAUUGCUACAAAGAAGCAAAUAAAAACAUCAAAUUCCGCUAAUUUCACAAAAUCAUGGAAGACCUACAAGAUAUUGUCGUGGAGGCUUUAGAAGUAUUCAUUAACCAUAUACUGUACGUGCGCGAUUUAUAUCCCGGACAAAUAUUCAAAAAACGUAGGAUAUACAACACACCGGUUUUUGUGUCCAUCUACCCACCUUUAAAUACAUAUCUGUAUAAAGUGCUUAGAACUUCCAGAGAAUUGUUAAAAACUAGUGAAUUAGAAUGUGUGGAGGUGAUUUUGUAUAGGGAUGAUCACACCGAAUAUGAACGUUAUAAAUUUAAAGCAGAGAUUGGAAAAAAUAACAAAAAUGAAGAUGAAUUUUUAUUAGAUUUUGAAGAACAACUCAGAGGUUCAUUAAGCAUAUUGGCAGAAAGGCUGAAAGGUUUAGAAAAACUUCCCUCGGAUGCCCAAUUUAGAGUUUUGGUGCAUACCACACAAUCAGCUUUUAUAAGAUUAACACAUAAUUCAAAUUACCAGGACUUUCCUUGGCUACGAGCGGAUUUGAAACCUUCAGUACCUCAGCAAGAGAUUUCUUUGCUGCCUCUAACAUGCCUUAGAUGCAUAGGCUUGAAUUUAACUGCUGAAAUCUUUUAG